AUGGAAACCUGGUGGUGGAAUGUUGAAGUACAGGACAGCAUAAAAAGGAAGACGCUGGCGAAAAAGAACUGGGAUUACCUAAGGGAUGAGGAAAGCAAAAUGAUAUAUAAGGAAGCAAGACGUGAGACAAAAAGAGCGGUGGCAAAAGCAAAGGAAAAUGCAUACGAGGAGUUGUAUGAACGGUUAAAUACAAAGGAAGAGGAGAAGGACUUGUACCGACUUGCAAAACAAAGGGACCGUGCUGCAAAGGAUGUGCAACAAGUACGGACUAUUAAGAAUGUAAAUGGAAAUGUGUUGACAGACCAGGUGAGUGUACUGAAAAGAUGGAAGGAAUACUUUGAAAGGUUGAUGAAUGAGGAAAACGAAAGGGAGCAACGGGCGGAAGAGGUAGAUGUAGUAGAUCAUCAUAUACCACAAAUUAGCGAGUAUGAAGUGAGAGAAGCUUUGAUGGUCCUGAUGAUACACCGGUAG